AUGGCUCAGUGGAACUGUACAAGACUCGCCUUGUUGCCAAGGGAUUCCAUUAGCAGCAAGGCAUCGAUUACAGUGAAACCUUCAGCCCUGGCAUCAAGCCAGCUACUAUACGCACGGUUCUGUGUCUUGCUGUCUCUCGGAGUUGACCUCUUCGUCAGCUUGAUGUCAAGAACGCUUUCCUCAAUGGAUAUCUCCAAGAAGAUGUGUACAUGUCACACCCACCUGAGUUUGGUUGAUCCCUCUCAUCCCUCUUAUGUUUGCAAGCUCCAUAAAGCACUCUAUGGUCUCAAACAAGCUCCUCGUGUCUGGUUUCACUGCAUGAGCUCCUUUCUGUCAACAGUUGGUUUCCGUAUUAGUAAGGCUGAUUCUUCUUUGUUCAUCUAUCAACAUGGCUCAGAUAUCAUAUAUUUCUUACUAUAUGUUGAUGAUAUUGUGGUUACGGGCAGUAAUGAUCGGAUUCUACGGUGCUUCAUUAAUGCCUUAGGUCGUGAGUUUGAUAUCAGGGAUCUUGGUCCUCUGCAUUACUUUCUAGGUUUACAGGUCACAUCUCAUUCCAACGGAAUUCACCUAAAUCAAGUCAAGUAUGCACAUGACAUCCUAGUCAAACAUGAUCUGUUACUCAGCAAACCCGUUAGCACACCCAUGUUGACAAAGUCUCUUCUGAGCACCAAUGAUGGGGUUUUACUUGACAAUCCCACUACGUUUUGCGAGAUGGUUGGCUCCUUACAAUAUCUCACCAUUACUCGCCUUGACAUAGCCUUUGCAGUCAAUUCAGUGUCUCAAUAUAUGAGCAAGCCCCAUGUUCCACAUCUUAUUGCUGCCAAAUGGAUCCUUCGUUACAUCAAAGGAACACUAGAUCAUGGUCUGUCUUUCUGUCCUCAACUCCAGCCUGUUCAUCUCUCAGCCUAUUCGGAUGCAAAUUGGGCUGGUUGUCCGGACUCCCGUUGCUCCACCUCAGGCUACCUCAUCUAUCUUGGCAGCAACUUAAUCUCAUGGUGCUCCAAAAAGCAGCCUACCAUUGCUCGUUCGAGUGCGGAAUCUGAAUAUCACUCCCUCGCUCAUGCCAGUGCCGAAACCACCUAG